AUGGAGAAAAGUAUGCAGCAUUUAGAAAAGAUAAGAAAAGUAACCGAUGAACUACUGUAUCAAUGCAUUCCUCGUACUGUGGCCAGAAAAAUUCGAAAUGGAACUCCAGCGAUCGAUACAAUUCAGACAUUCGAUGAAGUCACAAUAUGCUUUACAAAAGUGGUCAACUUCGCUGCAAAAUGCAUGCAUAUAGAUGUUGAACAAGUGAUUGAAUUGUUGAACAGAAUGUAUUCUCUCUACGAUGAUUUGACUGAAAAUCAUAAAGUUUACAAGGUUGAAACAAUUAAUGACAGUUAUAUGUUGGUCUCUGGGGCACCACACAGAACCCCAUUGCAUGCUGCACACAUAGUCGACACUGCAUUGGAAAUUAUAGAAGUUACUCUACUCAAUCUCUACUGGCCAGAGUCAAGUGAAAAUAUUCCAGCUAAUAACAAAGCUAAGACUGUUUAUACAAAUGAACACUUGCAUCUGUACAUUGGAUGUCACACUGGUCCGAUUGUUGCUGGUGUAGUCGGUUAUAAAACACCACGAUAUUGUUUAUUUGGUGAUACAGUGAAUACUACAAGUCGAAUGAUGAGCCACGGUCUACCAAACAAAGUUCAUAUUAGUGAGUCAUGUGCUCAGUCUCUAUCACCUUAUCCAUAUGAAAUAGAAUGUCGAGGAGAAAUCCCGAUAAAGGGUAAAGGAAACAUGAAGACAUACCUCGUCACAGGUCGACAACCAGAAUUCGUCUUACAAGACACAACUAAUGGAGUGAGUCGCAAUUUCGCAGAGGUUCUCAAGGAAGACAUGCUCAGAGACAAUGAAACACCAUCGGAAAAUUCUGACGACUCUGCGAAAUUCUCCAUCAAUUUGUCUGACGCAAGUGGAACUACAGAAGAAGAAUCUCCUGUCGCAUCUCCAAAAGACAAUGGUGAAAAACUGGAAAUGGAUGCUGAAAGACCUGAGAAGCAAGAGCAGACAUCCAGCAGAAGUGGGAGUAGGCGCUCAAGCAAAAGUGGGAGUAGGCGCUCGAGCAAAGGUGAGCGAAAACGUCGUAAGUCUCAACCACUCUCCAAUACAACUUCACCAACAGACAAGAAUCCUGAUGUUGAGAGCGAGCAGAACAACGCGGGCUUUGUGAACAAUCAAAACACAAAUGAAGUUCUGAACGAAGCUGCACGUCGUCUAGUUGAAACAAAAGUCAGAGAUUUGAAGAAUGAACAGAAAAAGAAACAGGAUAUCACAUUCAAUCUCGAGAAUCCCGAGCAGAUCUUGAAAGAGGCUCCCAGUGAACCAGAUUUGAAGACAGUAGGCAACAAUGUUGAUGAGGCUACUCUGUUCAAAUCGAAACCAAAAAUACUCGAACGUUCAAGAUUGAUCAAACUUAAUCCAACAAACAAGGUACCCGGAGUCUCUGUUCCCAGCAAAGCGAUGCAAGUUACUCCUGAUAAAGUCAAUGUGAACAAUGAGAGUUCAGAUGUGACCGAAAAUGUAACAAAUGAUGAUGACGUCCCAGUUGCUCAAGAGAGUGGGAAUCAAGAAAACUCUGUCCAACGAUACCGUGAAAUGGUGAAACAGGGUCGUUUUGAUCCAGUACCCGAUUUGCCAUUCUGUUCACCUCAGGCAGCCAUAUUCAAAGAUUUAGCUCAACCAUUGUGUUUAGCAUUGACCGAAUUACUCAUCAUUCGACCAAAGUAUCCUAUCAUGUAUCUGGCCAUUUGGUUGAGAAACUACUCAAUAGACAGUUCAAAAUUUGAUUGGAUUAUACAUUCUGCAUGAAACAAUAAUAGACAUCUUCCAUACUAGCAAUCUUUACACUAAAUGUCUUAUUGAUACUCUAAUGUAUGUUUCAUUUCCUAUGUGUUGUAUCUGUAGAAAAU